AUGCAAGUUCAUCCUUCCCACCCCUUGCCUCUUCCUCCCUACUGCCAGAGAAGAGCUUCCAGAAAACAGAGCUGCUGCUCACACUGCUCUGUCUUCAGCUUGCACCAAGGAGGCAGGAUGCAACUUGGAUUCUUGCUGGCAGCCAGCACCCUGGCAGCAGUGCUGGGCAUGGCCCUGCUGGAGGAGGGAGUGUGUAAGGCACCGGAUGGCAAGAAUGGUUCCCCCGGAGUCCCUGGCCGUGAUGGGAGGCCAGGGCAGAAGGGUGACACGGGAGAGCCAGGGAGAGCAGCGCCGAGCACGGGCACCAAGGGAGCCAAAGGGGAUGCAGGCGAGCCAGGAUUUCCUGGCCCCCCAGGCGUGUGGGGCCCACCUGGAAAUCCCGGCCCUAGGGGGAUGCCAGGGCUGCCAGGCCCACCAGGGGAGAAAGGCAUAGCUGGUGAUGUUUUGGAGCACCCGCGUCCUGCCUUCUCCGCCUCCAGGCUGUCCCCACCACGCACAGGCACCACGGUGGUGUUUGACAGGAUCAUCACCAACCAGGAGAACUCCUACAGCCCCCAGACUGGGAAGUUCACCUGCAGCAUUCCCGGGCUCUACUACUUCACCUUCCAGGUGGUGUCCACUGGGGACCUGUGUCUGAGCAUCACCAAGAACGGGCAGCGCGUGGUCGGCUUCUGCGACAACAACAGCCACGGCAUCCUGCAGGUGAACUCGGGCAGCAGCGUGCUCAGCCUGGCUGUGGGUGACCAGGUGUCCCUGAGCACUGCCCAGGGCAGCUCCAUUUACAGCGGCUCCGAGGUCGACAGCGUCUUCAGUGGGUUCCUGGUGUCCCCAGAGAUGGCCUGAGGGAUUCCCACGGCAUCGUGGGGUGUCUGCCUGCCUGGCAGUUCCCCUCCGGGUGUGUGGGAUGAUUUAGUGCCACAGCACAUGGGGAAUGGUUCCAAACUGAGCAUCCAGAAGUGUUCUGUGCUUCCACCAAUGUCACAGCUGGCCAAGCUGUGGGUCACCACUGCAGCACUCAGCUCCACUCUGAGCCUGCCCACACUGUCCUGGAGGCUGUGGACUCUCAUCCCUUUCUCCUCCUGGGCACUCAAGCUCCACUCCCAGGUGUCACCAGCUUUGGCUCUUUGCCCUUGAGUGGGAAAUCAC